AUGGCUGCCACUAACGGAAACCACGUCGCUUCAUCGACCACCACCACCUCAACUGCCCAGGGUAACGGUGCCAUCAACUUGAUUGGCGAGCCCAAGUACGAUCUCAACGAUCUCCACUUCAACCCCAUCAAGGAGGCCGAUGUCUCUCGCGAGAUGACCCGUCGCUACAUGACUGAUAUGCUUGACCAUGCUGAGACCGACGUCGUCGUCAUCGGUGCCGGAUCUGCUGGACUGAGCUGCGCGUGGGAGCUGAGCAAGAACCCUGAUAUCCAGGUCACCGUCAUUGAGCAGAGCGUCUCCCCCGGAGGAGGUGCCUGGUUGGGCGGACAGCUCUUCUCGGCCAUGAUUGUCCGCAAGCCCGGCCAGCACUUCCUUGCCGAGGUCGGCGUCCCAUUCGAUGACUGCAACGAGAACUAUGUCGUCGUCAAGCACGCCGCCCUCUUCACCUCCACCAUCCUCUCCAAGCUCCUCAUGCGCCCCAACGUUAAGCUCUUCAACGCCCUCGCCGCCGAGGACCUCAUUGUCAAGAACGGCCGUGUUGCUGGUGUCGUCACCAACUGGACCUUGGUUACCUUGCAUCACGAUACUCAGUCCUGCAUGGACCCUAAUGUCAUUGAGGCCAAGGUUGUUGUCUCGUCGACUGGUCAUGAUGGUCCCAUGGGUGCCUCCGGUGUCAAGCGUCUUCAGAAGAUUGGAUUGAUCAAGAACGUUCCUGGUAUGAUUGCCCUUGACAUGAACGCUGCCGAAGAUGGCAUCGUCGCCAACACCCGUGAAGUUGUCCCCGGAAUGGUCAUCACCGGCAUGGAAGUCGCCGAGCUCGACGGUGUCCCCCGUAUGGGUCCCACUUUCGGUGCGAUGAUGCUCUCGGGCCAGAAGGCUGCCCACUGCGCCUUGAAGUCCCUCGGCCUCGACAACGUCUUGACCAAAUAA